CUUCUUAUUUAUGCUACCUUCAUAGCCGUCGUCAAGGCCGAUGGCCUUUCCGAUAUCUCCAACAACUUAGCAUCGGACCUAGGUCCUCUCCUAGCGCUUUUUGGAGAUGAAAUAACGCGCCAAUAUCUCAGCGAAAGUAUCGGUUUCCUGGAUUAUUUCAUUUUCGCCAUGGCCCCUAUAGGCAUCAUUGCCACAAUCACGGCUGCUAUUCGUAUAUGCGGAAGCUCAGCACUUAGAGCCUUCAUUGGGAGAGCUCAGGAAGGAGACGGUACUACUGAAGCUGAGCUAUGUACAUCAACAAGCGCCGACGUUUGCGAAUUAUUUAAUAAAAGCGGUAUCGCCAGAGUUCUCGGUCGGCCUGAUAUUGUUGAGCUCAUAUACACACCUGAUGAUCCGAAAGAUGAAAGAUUUCACAUAUUCACCAAAUAUUUAGAUCGGCCUGUUCGUCAUUAUUGGGAAAAAAAUCAAUUCUCCGGAAGCGGUCACGCCCUUUUCAGCAAGAUAUUCUUCUCGUCUGAUGAAUCUACUGAAUUUGCUCCAAAGCCAAACCUCUCUCUCAAUGUGGGAGUCAGAAGACGACCAGAUUGGAUCUUUUAUGUUGUCGCUAUCGUUGGCUUUAUUCUACAAGCUGGUAUUCUUGUGUUUGCCGGUACUGCUGUGUUGCUCCUUGGAUGGAACAUUCACGAAUCGGACGGCGAAGUUAUUACCCAGAACUAUGCUCCCGGAAUAUUUAUUGUGGGUACCAUUGUUUUAUGUUCGGGUGUAUGGGGUUGUGCGACAUUGAUCGGACAAACAACAACUGAGAUGUAUUAUCAACGGAAGUCUAAAUCAUCUCCUGAUGUGUUAUACUGGAUUCAACCAGGGCCCCAAGUUAUUGGUGACCAGUUUUUCUACCCUUUCGCAUAUUCCGAUGCAAAUAAAGUCGAACAGCGCAAUAGAAUUUGGAUGUCAUCAACGCAAAGUUCCAAUAGGAAGAAAUCGGAGGUUCUCGCAUUUAUCGCCGUUUUGCUUGUGUUAUUUGGCUAUGUUGGUCAAUUCAUCGGCCUCCGAGGACUGAAUGCAUGGAUCUCAAUUGCCCAGCUAGCAAUUACCCUAUUUAUGAGCAUCCUACGCAGCAUUUUGCGCAUGGAUCGCUUGGAUAAGAAUGAUAACUGCUUAGAUGGGCGGCGCGAUUUGGUUGCCGGCCAUGAGCUUGACUGGUUAGCCUUCAAUAUCGCAGGACUGGAAUUCCAACAGAGGCAAGAACGCCUAAAAUCAAAUCAAUUACCAAAGGAAGACAAAUCACAAGAGUAUCAGGAGAAGCUCCAACAGCUACUCAAAAAUCGCAUUCGUCUUGCCAAUCUUACUGGUCAUCUUGAUAAUUCGGAAGAAGCGAAAAGAAUCACGCACUGGAAAGAUGAGAGUAUCAGAGUCCGUACCAAAGCUCGAAGUCUUAAAGCAGCUCUUUGUGGCGCGGCAGCAGCUUUAUUGAGAGACCAGACAUCAAAAGAUGAAGUUCAUUUAAGAUUGGUAUCAGGACUCUCUUACGGUGACACCAAUGACAAAAACAGCGUUGUUACUAUCGAGAUGGAACCGCCGAAGGGUCUCAAUCAAAUCAACUGGACUCUCGACUCUUCCAAACUUGAAGCGGUUUUAGGACUUUGGCUAUGGUCAAUAGUCAGCAAAGACUACGAAUCUUACAAAAGGCUGAAAGACAGUAGCGAUAGUACGAAUCCUCGAUCUGAAAAGCCUACUGCAAAGAUAUUCAGAGUUGUGUCUGCUUGCACUGAAGAGCAAGGCUGGGAUGACUCUGUGGAUGCAGAUAUGAGCAUAUGGUUGGGUUCAAGAGAUCUGAAUAUUACCCAACAGACGUUGGACUUAAAUGCAGGACUAAAUCACGUAUAUAGCCUUGCUGAUACCUGGACUGAGAUGCCUGACACUCCAGAAAUCUGGGAAUACGACCUGACACCAGAGGUAUCGAAAAAACCAGUACAAAGAAUUUGUGGGUGGAAUCUCAUAUACGACGCCUUCAGGGGAAAUAAUUCUGGGACAAGAAGCCAUGAUACUACUAUUAUUCAAGGGAGAGUGAAGGUCAAAGGUUUUCCGGUGAAGGACACUGGAAACUCCUUACUUGAAAUAUGUGCUCAAGAGCUCUUCGUUGCUUUUAUGCUUUCUAUGAAGAACCAGGGAUUUCGAGAGUUCAGUGAACUGUCCGUUAAUGAGUUGGCGGGCAAUGUUCGCCUAGAAAAUCCUCUCGUUUCAGCUCUUACCGAGUGUUUCACAGGCCAUUCAUUGGGGACAUAUUCAGACGCUAUAUCCUGCUUAAUUCCGAUACUGAGAUCUGAUGUUACUUCCAAUCGAGAACAACUGUUGUCGGCAUUAGCCCAGGCGGCAACAAAAUACAGACGGGACGGAAGAUGGGAAGGCGCAGAAAUUAUUUUGCGUUGGGGUUGUCACUACUAUUGCUUAUUGAGCCAGAGAAGCGCAGAUAAAGCUAGCCUUUUUACGGAAUUGCUUCGAGAACUUGGUGAACUAUACCGUUGGUCACUUGCUCAGGGACAAAAUAGCGACAGACAAGAUUUUGGCAAAAAUGGCAUUCAAUGGAUGAGAGAGAACUUCGGUAAUGCUCCGAAUGAGUCAAUUCAAGCUGCAAUAGUGUUGGAUUAUGAGGAAGUAGUGAAAGAAAUAACUGGAAAAGAUCUACAAGAUCUAUCCAUGCUCAAAUAUACCUCGGCUGUCGCGUCACGGAAGAGAGGCCAAUCUCUAGUCUUACUAUGCCUCAUGACGUCCAGACGAGACAUCAACUCUUCCGAAUUUAGCCACGUCCUUCCGUUUGCUGCUCGAAAUGGCUGGCAUGAAGUGGUUUCCGCUCUUCUUGAAAUGAAAGCGAACCCAAAUAGCCAAGAUAGCGACGGCAGAACUGCAGCGUCGCAUUGUGCCGAACUGGGUCGACAAGAGCUCUUGCAACGAUUAAUCGCCAAGGGUGCUGACCUUGAUCUUGCCGAUAAACGUGAUAUGACGCCUUUAGACUACACUGCCAAGAAUGGGCGCAAGGAUGUCCUGAAACUCCUGAUGAAAAUUGAUUCAUUAGACUUGAAUAGGAAAAUGUAUAAUGGCAGGAGCGCUCUGUGGCUUGCAAUUGACCAACAUCAUGUCAAGGUGAUGAAAGAAUUGCUGGACAACGGAGCCAAUGUCAACGAAAAAGAUGAUCACGGGUUCUGGCCGCUGCAAAUGGCCGUAAAGAGAGGCCACGAAGACGCGGUGGAGCUGCUCCUCAGUCAACGUUCAAUAAUAGCAUGGCGGAACGCCGCACGCGAUUCC